UCGUUUGUGACAUCAGACUAUAGUAGUCCAGCAACCGGAAGUAGAAAAAAAUACAACCGAUGACGAUUUGACUCCACCUCAUGAUGCCAUUUAGCAACAGAUGAGCAGCGUUUCAUGUUCAUAUCGGGUGGCAGGAGACGAGCAUUGCAAUCGCUGAGGUUCCCCAAAGGAACACUUUUUGAUUGUGUAAUGUUUGUCAGGGUCUCGGUGCUUCCCUUCUCGCUCGCACCGUAGCUAACCGGCGUGUUAGCGGUUUUCUCAUCCGCCCAAAAACCCGCGUGUGUUACCGCUGGCACUGGUGAGCCUCUGUGGUGGAUCGCUAUGGAUGUGAUGUGGAUGAUACCGCUGCUGCUGAUUCCACUCCUGAUGUGGACCAGCAGCACGUUUGUUUUUUAUUUCAAAAAGUGCUUUUACGUCGCCUGGAUGAUGUUCCUGGCCCUGGUUGCGAUCCCUCUGUGUAUACUGAAAAGCGGAGGCAGAGACAUUGAAAACAUGAGGAUUAUCCGCUUCCUGGUUCGUCAUGUGAAGUAUUUCCUGGGUCUACGGUUCGAAGUGAGCGGUUGGGAGCAUCUGCAGACAGAGGGACCCUAUGUCAUCAUCUCUAACCACCAGAGUUCCCUGGAUGUUUUGGGCCUGAUGGAGAUCCUGCCGGACCGCUGCACCAUGAUCGCCAAGAAGGAGUUGAUCUACGCUGGCACAGUAGGCCUCAUUUGCUGGCUGGGCGGCAUCGUCUUUAUCAACCGCAAGAAGACCAGCGACGCCAAGAGUGUCAUGGCUGACGCAGCCAAAACCAUGUUGGACGACCAGAUUCGACUGUGGGUGUUCCCAGAAGGAACGCGGAACCAGAGAGGCGACCUGCUGCCCUUUAAAAAAGGUGCUUUCCACCUGGCAGUGCAGGCACAAGCACCCAUCAUACCCGUCGUUUUCUCCUCCUACAGCAACUUCUACCUACGAAAAGAAAAGCAGUUCAAAUCAGGGACCAUCAGAUUGAACAUCCUUCCAAAGAUCGAGACAAAGGGGAUGACGUCAGACGAUGUGUCAUCCCUCUCCGACAAAUCCUUCAACCUGAUGCGCUCGGCCUUCCUGGACAUCUCUGACUCCGUAACCCAGAGCAACGGGCCCUUGAGGCACUGAACAUUUACCAUACUCCCGCCUCUCUUUCUCCUAUGUCCCUGUCUGAGACCCAUUCCUCCCCCAGACCUCCCCACUCCCCCCAGGUUGUCCCAUUACUUGGCCAGGAAACAACAUGACACCGGUCUCUUGUCAUGAAAUCUCUUCUUGUCUAGUUGACGCCUGGUCCAGUCCGCCUCUGGCCUGACCAUACAGCACAGUCAGUCCCGACCCUCACUGUGUCUGCAGCAGCACCGGCAGCAGCGCUGCUCUGCACGCCGUGAGCGGAGUGACGGACGGC